GUCCCGUCCCGAAACGUGACGAAGGGUGUCAGCCGGGAUGGGGCUGGAGGAUGACAGUGAAGUUGGGCGACGGCGGCAGCGGGGAGGAAGGGCUCAAGAAGCUGGGCAAGCGGUCGGCCGAUGAGGAGUCCCUGGAGGGAGAAGGGGCCCGCGGCGCGGACGCGGCCGAGGAGAGCCGCGGCACAAAGAGGGACGAGAAGACCCCCCGGGCCGGCGUCGACGGCACCCCCGCGCCCCCCGGCGCGCCGCGGGCGCCGUCCCCGCCCCAGGGCAGCCCCCAGGACCAGCACCACUUCCUCAGGUCCAGCGUGCGGCCGCAGAGCAAGCGGCCCAGGAAGGACCCGCCGUGCGCGGUGGGCAGCGGCGGCGCCGGCGGCUCGGGGCCCCGCGGAAAAGGAGCUGAAGGUGGUGGAUCGUCAUCUGGAAAUGUGUCUGGGGUUGCCCCCGCCGCCCCUGCAGGGGGCUCGCGUUCCUCCUCCCGGAAUUUAGGGUCCUCUGGCGGUGAGAAGGAAGAAGGCAAGAGGGCUCGGCGGCAGUGGGAGUCGUGGAGCACAGAGGACAAGAACAGCUUCUUCGAGGGGCUGUACGAGCACGGGAAAGACUUCGAAGCCAUCCAGAACAACAUCGCCCUGAAGUACAGGAAGAAAGGCAAGCCCGCGAGCAUGGUGAAGAACAAGGAGCAGGUGCGCCACUUCUACUACCGCACCUGGCACAAGAUCACCAAGUACAUCGACUUCGACCACGUGUUCUCCCGAGGGCUCAAGAAGUCGUCCCAGGAGCUGUACGGCCUCAUCUGCUACGGCGAGUUGCGCAAGAAGAUUGGGGGCUGUAUGGAUGACAAGAAUGCCACCAAGUUGAACGAACUCAUUCAGGUUGGGGCCACCACCGUGCGUUACAAAGGCAGGAACCUGCGGAUCAAAGCGCCCAUGUGCCGGGCCCUGAAGAAGCUCUGCGAUCCGGACGGCUUGAGUGACGAAGAGGACCAGAAGCCAGUGCGCCUGCCCUUGAAGGUCCCUGUAGAGCUGCAGCCACGGAACAACCACGCCUGGGCCCGUGUGCAGAGCCUUGCCCAGAACCCACGCCUCAGGAUGAUCGUGGAGCUGCACCGGAAGGUCUCCAGCCUCAUCGAGUUCUUGAAGCAGAAGUGGGCGCUCCAGGAAGUGCGAAUUCGGAAGACACUCGAGGAGCGGCAGCUGCAGGACUCGUGCGCUGCGCCCCCUGCGGAGAAGGCGACGCUGCACCUGUUCCCAGGCGAGAACUGCACACUGACGCCGCUGCCUGGCGUGGCCCGCGUGGUGCACUCCAAGGCCUUUUGCACAGUGCACUGGCAGGAGGGCGGCCGGUGCAAGCAGAGUGCCAAGGACGGCCACUCGCUGCCCCCAGCCCAGAUCCUGGGCAUCCAGAGCGGGCAGGGCACGGCUCGGGGCCAUGUGAAGUGCCCGAGGGGCGGCGCUGAGAGCAAGGGUGGGGGGCGGCCCCCUCCCACCACUGACAUGUCUCAGAGCUCUGGAGAGAGUUCCCCCGAAAGCGCCCCUGGGGAGGGGGCCACCCCGAGCCUGAGCAUCCCCGACGCUCCUGACAGGCCUCCCCCUGGGCACCAGGACACUGGGCCCCAUCUCGAGAAGACCCCUGCAGUGGCUCCUGCAGAGGGUGGGGACGGCCCUCCCCGAGAGCUGAGGGCCCAGGAGCCGGGGGCCUUGCCAUGUGCCUGCAGCCAGCUCCCAGACCUGGAGGACGAGCUCUCCAUCCUAGACCCCUUGCCCCGCUACCUAAAGUCCUGUCAGGACCUCAUUGUCCCUGAGCAGUGCCGCUGCGCGGACACACGGCUGGGGGGCGUGCACCCUGCUGGCGGGGCUGUCUCCCCAGAGGCUCCUGCCCCUGGCGGCAGGGAGGCUGCUGACCUCGCCCCAGCUGGCCCCGGGCCCCUGCCAGACGUUUGCACUAAGGACUUGGCAGACGCACCUGCAGAGGAGCCCCAGGAGAAGGGGAGCCCCUCGGAGCCUCCACCGCCUCAGGGACCGCCUGCCGCCAGGCCUCCAAAGGAGGUCCCCGCCAGCCGGCUGGCCCAGCAGCUCCGCGAGGAGGGCUGGAACCUGCAGACCUCCGAAAGCCUUACGCUGGCCGAAGUCUACCUCAUGAUGGGCAAGCCGAGCAAGCUGCAGCUGGAGUACGACUGGCUGGCCGCGCUGGGCCCCGGCCAGGCCCCCGGCACGCAGGGCCAGGCGCCUGGCUCUCCGCCCGCCGCGCUCCACAAGCAGCGCCUCCUCCGCUGCCUCCUGAAGCUCAUCUCCACCGAGGUUGGCCCGAAGCUGGCUCCAGAAGCAAAUGCCAUGUCCACAGCCUCGGUGAGGCCCUCGCAGGAGGAGCAGUCAGCGACACCCCCAGGGAAGGUGGUGACCAUCAGCUCCCGCAGCCCCCGGUGUCCCCGGAACCAGGCCACCCUCCGCAGCAGCAAGACCUUCCCGCCCAGCUCCGCUCCUUGCUCCUCAGGUUUGCGAAACCCUCCAAGACCCCUCUUGGUGGCUGGUUCCUCUAGCACAGGAAGCAGUGACUCAGAUGGUGGCCUUUUUGCUGUCCCAACAACUUUGCCACCCAACAGCCGACAUGGGAAGCUCUUCUCUCCCAGUAAAGAAGCAGAGUUGACAUUCCGUCAGCAUCUGAACUCCAUCAGCAUGCAGUCGGAUUUCUUUUUGCCAAAGCCCAGGAAAUUGCGGAACCGGCACCUGCGGAAGCCACUGGUGGUCCAGAGAACGCUGCUGCCUCGACCUGAAAACCAGUCCCAUAACGUCUGCUCCUUUUCCAUCCUGUCUAACUCCUCCGUAACCGGGAGAGGCUCGUUCCGGCCCAUCCAGUCUUCUCUGACCAAAGCAGCUCUUUCCCGGCCGAUCGUGCCCAAGGUCCUUCCACCCCAGGCCACGAGUCACCUGGCCAGUGCCAUCGACUUGGCGGCUAAAAGUGCAGGCAUCAUCCCUGGGAGCCCCCUCCCUGUCCUGGACACCGAGGGCUUGUCCGGCCUCUCUCCACUGUCCUCAGAAGAGGUAGCAGCAGCCGUCUCUGGCCAGGACUCCACGGCAGCCCACCAGAGUGGAGACCCCAUCCCCGCCAUGGGGGGCACGAGCGACCCAUUCGUCAGCGUUCCCUCGAGGCCUGAUCAAGAGCCAGUGACGGACAGUUUCCAGGGCUCGUCUGUCCUCUCCUUACCUGAGCUGCCCAAGGCUUCUCUCCAGAAUGGCCUCUCCACGCUGUCCUCAGCAGAGGCCCCCAGCACCCGGCUCUCCCCACCAGACGUCUCUGCGCUGCUGGACAUCUCCCUGCCAGGCCCGCCCGAGGACGCGCUCUCGCAAGGAGAGCCCGCCACACACAUCAGCGACUCCAUCAUCGAGAUCGCCAUCAGCUCCGGCCAGUACGGUGAAGGGGUCCCUCUCUCUCCAGCAAAGCUGAACGGCAGUGACGGUUCCAAGAGUCUUCCCUCCCCGUCCAGCAGCCCCCAGCCUGACUGGAUCGCCUCUCCCACCCACGACCCUCAGUGGUACCCCAGCGACUCCACCGACUCCUCGCUCAGCAGCUUAUUUGCAAGCUUCAUCUCCCCCGAGAAGAGCCGGAAGAUGCUGCCGACUCCCAUUGGGACCAACAGUGGCACCUCCUUGCUUGGCCCCAGCUUGUUGGAUGGAAACUCCCGGGACUCAUUUGUGUCCAGGUCCCUAGCCGACGUUGCGGAGGUCGUGGAUUCCCAGCUGGUGUGCAUGAUGAACGAGAACAGCAUCGACUACAUAUCUCGGUUCAACGACCUGGCCCAGGAGCUGUCCAUCGCAGAGCCCGGCCGCCGGGAGGUUCUGUUUGAUGCUGGUGGGGGUGGCCCCCCCGUGGGCGACCUAUCCCAGUGACUGCAGCUCGGGACGGGGUAUCCUGGAGGCUAAAAGGAGGACUUUCGGGGUUGGGGGUCCUCCUUUGUGGUAGCUGAAACUCUCCUCCAGCUAGAGAGGACAGAUCGAGCCCAGGACCCCCAGAAGAUGGUCUGAAGAAAGGCACCUCUGCACCCUACAGUGUGCCCCGUGCAGGAACCACUGGCCAUGAGCUGUGUGCCCACAAGCAGAGGGCAGUGAUGUCCCGGGAGACCAGGGCCAGUUCUCGGGAAGGGCGGACAGCACAAAUUGCCGUGGUUUGGUGCAGUUCCUGGCCAGUCCCGGGGCCCCGUGUUAGGGUCUGCAUAGCAGUGCCAUUUCAGCCCGUGCUCUGCCUCAGCUGUCGUGUUGGACGUUUCAGUGGGCUUGUUUUCUGAGAAGGGAGCGUGUGCCUUGGCCUAGUUGCUGCGUGCCGGGGAGUUGCUGACUCCCCUUUCUCUGCGGGGAGCCCCCAGGCCGCUGCUGCAUUCCUUCUGCCAAACCUGUGCCACCUUCGAGUUGCUCUCUCGGGAGGGUGCUAGGCAGGACUGUCAGGUGUGGCCUGGGCUCCUGCCUGGUGGUGUCACACCCCGAGAGAGCAGACGCUCAGAGGAUGUCUGAGUGUCAGGGGCGGCAGCCAGUGCCAGCCCAGAAACACUCACCUCUGGUGCUCCCGCCUGGCAGCUGCCCCGCCUUCACAGGAAGGGGAUGAGAACCACGUCUUAAGCAGGUGGUGUGGACUUUAUGUGGUCCUGCUAAGCCGGCUGAAAAUGUUUUUCUUGUGUUUUAAGAAUUAGGGAGACAUGGAAGAGAAAGAAGAGUCCCUGUUAGUUGGUUCCCUGCCCAUGCCCCUUGGCAGGUUUCUCCCUGGUGAUCUGAGAUGAUGUUUCUCUGCUGCGAUGGCCCCUAAGCACUGAUGUGACUACAGAUGAGACUUUCCUGAUGAGUUCUUGAGCUUCCGUGUGUUACUGUCCGGCAUUUGGGACAAACUUGCCGUCGCAAAGUUUUCUCUGCUUCAGAGCCUUGUCUGCUUUCCUUAGCGCUGGUGCAGGGAGGCCUGGUGUACCUGCUCAGUCCCGUGCACCUGCCUUUGCCCGAGGCUCCCCUUUCUCUCCUCCCCUUUCUCCCCUGUUUGGGGCAUGCAGGGUUCAGAUGUCCAGAGGGAGUCAGAGCUCCCCAAACCCGUCCCCUUUUGGUGGUCUCCCCCCGUGAGCCCCAGGUGACCAGUGUUACAACUGCAGCUGGCCCAACAUCCAGUCUUUCCCAGAGGGAGCUAACCAGGGCUCCUUUGCCUUCUCAACCUCAGGAGUUCCAAGCACACAAGUCACCGUCCAGCCAUAUCCAGUGUGGCCAGGAGCCACCGCUGUGCUGUUGGGCAGCUGGUGCCUGCGCCGCCAUCUCCCGUCCUACUUCACCCCAACCCAGUAGCGGGGGCUGAUUGGCUUUUCCAACCUAUCUGAACCUACACUUUCUCUGCCCCCCACCUUUCGUGAGGCAGGCAGCAGCACUCAGGGCUGGCCCCAGCCCUCUGCACCGCUUCUCUCCCUGUCCACAGUGCAGGGAACGGUGAAAAGGGGGAAGAAAGGCCUUUGGCGUAGACGAGCAGGCAGAUGCCCCCAGCCCUGCUGUCCUGCCGGCUGCUGCAGCCACCAGACCACAGACGGUCAUGCACUGCAGGACGGGAAGCUUCCAGGCAGGAGCUUCCUUUUGUCUUCUCACAUGUUUUUCUUGGAGCUUUUGCCUCGAAGGUGGUUUACCUUCUUCAGACUUUCAGACUUUGACACAAGAUCUUAAAAAAAACAGUCCCAGAGCUUGGAGGGAUGAAAAGGAACAUGGUGCCACUUUAUUAAGGGUUAUGAGCGGCACUGUUUGGACCAGAAUGUCUUUAAACUAGCUUGUGUUUCAUGCUUAAUAUGUCAGCCUCCUGAAAUUAGCAUCUCACUGAGCUGAAGACGAUCAGUCACUCUCGCUUGCUGGGCAUCCGCCAUUGCCAGGUCUGCAGUAGGCUGGACGCCAGGCUGAUGUGGGGCCACUCCGAGCCUUCCCACAUUCCCACAGUCUGGGCCAGAGAUGCCAUGUCACAGCACAGCCUUGAUGCUCAGCAGUGCGCAGGGCCGACGUGUGCCGUACCAGGGACAGAGGGGCCUGAGCUGCCUGUCGGGAACACCCUGAGGCAGUGUGGUGUGUCGCUUGGCACCUUUGCCUACUGACAUCCAAUGGGGAAACCUUGGAGAUUGGGAUCUGCUUUGUAGGCUCCUGAUUUACUUAACAGCACCUCCCACUUGGUUCUAGCUGUUGUCAUCCAGUGGGUAGGUAACUUAGGAAGGAGAGAGGACUGACUCAUCUCUCCUGGAGUAAAACUGACAGGAUUCCAGAGAAUUCUGCUGCUUCUCUAGCAGCUAGACCAGUAUAUGCAUUUAUUUUCCAUACAAAGGGGAAAUGAUGUCAGUUGUAGUGGAAAAAUGAUUCAUUCUCUUCUGGCCUUAUAUUUAUGUACAAACAUAGGCAACUGUUAACGGCUGGAAUUUUCAAAAGACUCAAGCAGAGAGGCCUUCCACUUCCUGCGUCUUCCUCUGCCUUUCCAGUGGAAACAGUCUCAGUAAGAAACUGGCUUCCUUUGUGCAUUUGAGCAUGUUGUGAUUAAGAUGAGAUCAGUUUCUUAGAAAAAUCUUUCCCUAAUCUCUCUAAUGUUGUCUGGGGUCUUUCUGCUGAUUCAUCUUUUCUAAAGAUUGAGACCAAAUAUCUCUGGUGACAAGGAAGUUGGUGUUCUGGCUUUGAUUCUUGAUUGUGAAUGUACAGUGAGAGCAUUCCAUCCUUUAGAAGGUGCAGAGGCAAGUUGACGCUUUUAUGACAUUUUUUUCAUCCUUCUAUAUCUCAUAGGUGUAGAGUACUUGCUCAGGGAGUGGGAAUCUUUGGGGUCAUUUCCUCAGUUGCUCUGCUUGCUCUCCCGCACAUCUGCAGUUUCUUAGCACCAGAAUCCCGUGCUGUGCUGUUCUGUACGGUGCCAUUUCGGGUGGAUGUUCUCUUCAGUUUAAUAGCAUCUUUAACUAGAUCACACCAGUGAAUCUAAACUUGCUCUCCAAAGAAAGUUGUGGAAUACAAGACACUGGGAGCAAGGGAGGAAGAAGACAGUUGUGUGUUCUCUUUAAGCAUGGAGAUCUAGCAGAUGCAUUGGUGAGGAAAUAUGGCACUUUGUCUUAAGGAAAAAAAGGAAAGAUUAAUUUAAGAAAAAACAAAAAGGAAAGAAACAGCAAAUCCCCAAGUCAUGUCUUGGAAGCACUACAGCAACCUGUGCCCUUUGUUCUGUAACAGGAUAACUGGCUCUAGGAAUGGUCUGGACAGCAGAAAUUAUUGCUGUUUCCUUUAAUAAUCGUUAAGCCAUAUCAUCUAAGGUUUUCGGCUUGUUUGAGAUGUGAAUUUGUUUUAUAGAUUAUAAAUAUACAUAUACAGUGUAUGUAUAAAGCAGAAUGCUUGUCUUUCCUGAUUAUUUUUUGUACCAUAUUGUAAAUUAUAUUAUUUAUUCUUUACCAAUUUGGGAAUAAAAGGUGUUUUGGUUAUUUAAUAUAAUAAACAAGAGCUGUUAAACUUCUGUUUAAAUUUCCAGUUCAACUUGUAAAUGUUUUUAUUGUGCAUAAAUACAUACUAAUACUUGAUCUAA